AUGAAAGAUAUAAGGGUCGGCUGUCCGGCGAAUCUUCUUAUGCCAGCUAUUCCCGCCCCUCCUUACAUUACCCGCGGAUUCCCUGGGAGGUUGGCUGUUGGCCAUUACAAGCUUGAGAGAAAUCGCCUGAUAUCCAACUCAUUGCUGUCUUUGAACCCGCGGAAUUCUACCCACCUGCACACUGUAUGUAAAGGCGGGCCAGCCUGGUGGGUUACGACCCUCAGUCCUCUCAUCUCUCUCGCUCAUAUUGGCUACAUACCCAUCUCCAUCUAUCAGCAGCGGGAACAAAUCUUGUGGUUGUGGGAUUUGACGAGGACUUUACAAAUAGGACAUAUCCAUAUCAUCAGAAUGAGCGCACAGUCAUCGCACAUCCUGACCCCUACAGAUAGCGGCGGUCCAUCUUCGCCUCCUCCGACGCUGCCUGAAGGCUGGCUUGCACAGUGGGAGGGCGUUUCGAGAAAAUGGUAUUACGUACAGCGCGCAACAGGCAGAUCGCAAUGGGAAGUUCCCACCGAGCCCUUUAUCCCGACACCCUCAUCGACCCCUCAGUCUGUGGCCAGCCCUGGACCGUAUCAUCCACCCAUUACGGGCAACAUACCAGCACAGGAUACGACUGAAGCAACAAGGGAGUUGUUGAACCUUCGUGGAGGCAAUUUGAGACAGUCAGGUGGAAGCUUUCCCACCACCCCAUAUGAUACUUCACAGACUACUCCACAGUCAGGACAAGAAUAUCAACAAAUUCCAUCUGCAGGAACGCAAAGUACACCGGUUGGCGGAGUUUCCAGCUCUCAACAACAACAGCGGCAACAGCAGUCCCGCUCCCCGAGUCAAGGAAUACUAGGUCAGGUUGCUUCGGAUCUUGCCCACCGUGUCGCCUGCCAGAAUUCCAGUGAAUCCCAAUCGAACCAGCAAAUGGAACAGAACCAGGUCCGCUAUUCACCUACGGAUCAAGCGAGUCCUUACCCCAACUUGAAGUCUCAAUUCAUGUCUGGAUCCACUCAGUUCCAUCAAGAUGAUCAGCUAGACCAAGGAAACGUGCAAAUGCAAGACGUGAGCUCGAACACAGCAGCACCCUACCAGAGUCAGCAAGACUCUUCAUCUGCUUACCACACAGACGUCGAUAUGCGGAUUCAUCAAGCUUACACGGACCAACAAGCCGCCCCUGCUUCAAGUAUGAAUAGCCAGUAUCAUUACGAGCAAACCAAUGUCCAACAUGUAUCGCCGAAUACCUAUGGCGGCCAACUACAGCACUCAAACGAACAGCUACCAAUGCACCAAACGCAAUCCGGUCAAUUCGCCCCGAGACCCGUGCAAAACCCUCAGCCUGAAAACAACCCAAUCACGAUCAUCCACCCAGAUCCAAAUGCGCCUCCUCUAUUCCCCAACCCCCAUCGAGGGGGCCCACGACAGCCACACAGCUCACGCUCGAACAUGACAACACCCCCAAGGACCUAUCCACCACACCCAGCGCCGCACUAUAACUCACGUCCAUCCGUCCCGCAGCCACAGUACAGUUCCAACUAUUCCGGCGGACAUCCAGGUCCGUCCCCAAACUCUCAUCCCCCCCCAGCAAGCAUACCACGCAGCCAACAGCCCCCAUACCCACCGGAGGGUAUGUACCAACCGAAUAUGGGCCCGCCACCCCAAAACUACAAUGUGUACGCAAGCCACCCAGGCCAACCGAAUUACGCAUAUGACCCGAGGGUGAAUCCGCCAUAUGGUCAAAUGCUGCCACCGAAUAUGCAUGAUGAUCAUGGAUUGCAGCGUCAAACUAGCCAGGGCAGUGGUCAGUUUUGGCAUGGGCAUCCUGGGUCGGCGCAAUCUCCUCCAGACACUCAUGUGGGCCAACGAUAUCCGCCGGCUCAUCCCCAGCAACACUAUGGCGGCGGGUACGGCAGGUAA